AUGAAACCCAAUAAUGAGCAUCAUGCAACUUUUGCGGAAGCCUUGAAGAAUCUGGUCGCCAAAAACUUAGGUGGUGUCCUUUUUUUGAAAGCAUAUGAUGACCCUCAUCAUUCGGCAUUGUCCUUCUUGGACGGAUACUUUCGCGGCCUGCUGGCGAACAUUGAGACGGACGACCCUCUCCCCGUAGUCCGCAUCGCAGAGCGGGUGCAUGUCAUGCACGGAACCGAAGUGUAUCAAUGUAUCAACAGGGCGUUACUUGACUCUAUUCACCUGCUUAAAGGUCUAAAAAGGAGAGCGGACGGAGCACUAGAGGGCGAAGAACUGGAGGAAGGAGAACUGGAGGACUGGGAGGACCCAGAACUCCGUGCUAUUAGGAAAUACCUUUUUCAAGGGUUCAUUGACCGGCUUAGGAAUGACAGCGAUGAGCUGCUGAGCAAUAUUUUCUAUCAGUUCGCACAUGGAGUUCCCCGCCAGAUUAGGACUUUAAAACGUACACUGGAGCAGAAGCAGGAGCAGAAGGACUCCGAGACUACAUAUACCGCCCCGCAAACGAGCUUUCAUAGUGGUACUAAUCCCAUCCAGACACCAGAACAUUCCAUCGAUCUUCAAGGUGAGCCCGAUGUGGUAGGAAUGCUAUUUGAUGAGAUUCGCAAAUUGCGACCCAAUGUCGAUCCAUCACGACCAAGACUUGCAGUUUUGAUAUCAAACCCUGCGUAUCUAAGAAAAUUUGCGAAUCGACGCCAGUGA